AUGACGAAGCGGACGGCAGGCCAUCGCGGCAACUCUGCCAGAUCGAUUUUCAUCGGGCUGGCAAUUAGUCUCGCAGGUUUCGUGUACGGUAUCGAUACCGGAAUCAUUGCCUCCACAAUUGCCCAGAAGACCUUCAAAUUAUACAUGUACGGAUCAUCACUGAAUAACGCCUCGGUGAGAGCUGGCAUCGUCUCUGGAUACUAUGCCGGUUAUGCCUUCGGAAGUGGAGGCUCAGCAUACUCUAUGGACAAGAUUUCUCGACGCUGGACUCUGCUUCUUGGCGCAACGGCUAGCGUUAUCGGAGCCAUCCUACAAACAGCCGCUAUGAACCCGGCCAUGAUGAUUGUCGGACUGGCCAUGAGAGAGCGAUACGAUGAAGCCAAGAAAGUCAUGUACACCCUCCACAAGCACCGUGGCUCAGAGGUCGUCGAGAACGAGUUCGCCGAGAUGUGCAGCCAAAUCCGCCUUGACGCCGAGAAGAAGAAGGGUGCCAUGACCAAUUUCCUCAAUCUUUUCACCCGCAAGUACAUUCGUCGUACUCUGUUGGCCUGCUUGACCGUCAACAUGAUGAAGCUCUCCGGAUCCAACAUCAUUCAGAAUUACCAGUCCAUCAUGUACAACUCUCUCGGAUACCAGGGCCAAACAGUCCUUCUCAUCGGCGGGUUGUACGGGUUCAUGGCUGUCAUCGGCCAGAUCAUCAACGUCUUCUUUGUUGCUGACCACUGGACUCGGCGUGUCACCGUUAUUUCCGGUAGCUACUGCCUCGCGAUUCUUCUCGCAGUCCUGACGGCGCUAUCGGAGCGAUUCCCGGAAGGCUCCAAUCCGGCCGGGUCUCGUGCAGGAGUUGCAUUUAUCUUCCUCUUCGCCUUCGCCUACUCAUUCUUCUUCAACAGUGUCAACUGGGUACUCGUCGCAGAAAUUUUCCCACUCGACCUUCGUGGUGUUGGUGUGGGCUUCUCAGUGUUUACCCAAUCUGUCACGGCGAUCUGGUUGUCAUACGCGGCGUCCAUCGCUUUCGACGUGAUCUCAUGGAAGUUCUACCUCGUUUUCAUUGCUUGCAACAUAUUCGCAGGUACGAUUUACUUUUUCUUCUUGCCCGAGACGCGGUUCUUGUCCCUGGAAGAAGUUGCGGCCAAAUUCGGAGAUGAGAUCUUCAACCCUCCAGCAAAGGACCUGGAACAAGAAAAUGAGUCGACAGAGAAUGAUCCUGCGAAGGUUGACAAGACAGGAGUCUCUUCAGACCAUGUCGAGGAGUCAAGGAAAUGA